CCCGCCAAGUACCGUGGUGGCCUGAACAUCCUGUUCCAGUUUGCCGUCACCUUUGGCAUCCUGAUCGCCGGCCUGGUCAACUACGGUACCCAGAACUUUGCCUCUGGCUGGCGCGUGUCUCUGGCGCUGGCGGCCGCCUUUGCCCUCGUCCUGGGCGUCGGCUCCAUCGUGCUGCCCGAGUCCCCCAACUCCCUGGUCGAGCGCGGACAGGUGGAGAAGGGCCGCGCCGUCCUGCAGCGUCUGCGUGGCGUGGAGGACGUGGAGGCCGAGCUCGAAGACAUGAUCGAGGCCACCGAGGAGGCUAGCCGCGUCAGCCUGCGCCAGUCCUACUCCUUCAUGUUCCACCGCGCCAACUCCCCCCAGCUCAUCAUCGACAUCAUCAUCCAGUUCUUCCAGCAGUUCACUGGU